UGGGCUCUUCGUUCUGAAUAUGUGUAGGUGAUUGGGUUGCAUGAAGCGCAACGCAUUCAAUGGCUUGCCAUUCCUUUUCAGGUUAUGUACCUUCGUCGCCACCUCCACUCCGCGGGAUCCGGGACGCAGACUGUAAUGGGGACAGUCUACUCCUCUGUAGCCGGCAUGCUGGGCGUUAAUCUCCACAACGUGCAGUUACCGCACAGCUCGAUGAUCUGCUGGCACAAAGCGGACGGUGAAGAGUACCUGUUCAUCGACGUUGUCCGCCGCGGCAUGCGGCUGUCCUGGGAGCAGGUGAUGGAGGAGCUGAAUGCUGAUCACCCGGAAGUGGACCUCCAGAUGCUGGAACCCUUUCCCAGGGCAGGGCUGCUGCGUCGCCUCAUCAAUGGCGCAGUCCAUCCGGAUGUCCGCCGGCCAGGGACCGGCUUCGACCUGGUCUCGUUGGAGACGCUGGCCUGCUGGGCCCGCAGCGACUGCCGUCCGAACACGGCCGCAAUCGUUGACCUGAUGUCGACGAUGGCUCGUGCCCGGCCCAUGUACACGCGCCGCCUGUUGCAGCAAUUCGUCGAGACUAACGGCUCGCUCGUGGCUGAGAACGAGAGGCGUGGCCUGGAAGCGCUCAUGAAACACUUCAAGAGGAUGUACAAGCGGCUGGUGCGCUCCCUAGACGAACAGGAGGCUGAAGUGCAGGAACUGGCGGACCUCCGCGCGGCUGGCCGAGCAGUGGGCGACUACCGGAGGCAGUUUGGUGUGGGUGACGUCGUCACGUACGGCGACGGGUUCCUGGCUGUGGUGUACGGCUGCUCACCAUACUACGAGAUCUCACAGGACUGGACGGCAAAUAGUCGCGUCUGCUCCGGGCUUCAGCGGGGACACAAGCAGCCCUUCUACAGCCUGCUGCUGGAGGGUGACCGGUUCGGAUACAUGGCUGAGGAGGAGCUGCAGCUGUCCCCGGAUCCCCAGCCAAUCAGCCAUCAGGAAGUGGGUCGCUUCUUUACCCGGUUCGACGGCGAACGGUAUGAGCCGAUCGCUCCGCUGGCUAUUCGCUUUCCGGAGCCGCUGUGUGAGCAUGAGACGAAAGCGAACUUCGUCGAGUGUUCGACAGAUGGCAGCGACAGCGAAUGGGAGGACGACGUUGGAGAUGAAGAGGAGGAUCGGAGACCCUCACCGCCCACAGUGUGGAUGGGCGUUUGGCCAGCGAUCCUCCCCGAGGACUCAGAUGAUGAGGACACCGAUGGUUGA